UCACACGAAUGUAAAAACGUCAUAUCAGCCGGAUCACGGUCUCAAAGAUGAGCAGCCGGACACGGCCAGAGAUGCAGGUGAUGAGGACUGCUAAGAUUGUUUUAAUAUUUUAUUAUUUCUGCCGAAUAAAUUGUUCGUCUAUUGUAGAUUGUGAUAUAAAGCACAUAGGUAGUUGCUACCAUGUUAUCGAUAGCGCGAAUUCAUGGAAUGGACAAGUCAACGAAUGCUUAGUUGAAAAAGACAGUCAGAUUAUAAAAAUUGAUUCUGUGGAGGAACAGGCGUUCAUUACAGAAACAAUUCAAACAAAUCUCCAAGCAACCAACGUUUGGAUCGGACUCACUGACCAAUUUGUCGAAGGGGAAUUUCGUUGGCAGGACAACACAUCUAUCGUAGCGUAUGAUGACUUUGGUAGUGGCCAGCCAGAUAAUGGAUGGAGAUACGGCGAGGAAAAUUGUGUGGAGAUGAUAGAUGGCAAUAACUGGAACGAUUUAUCAUGCACAAGUUACAAUAAAGGUCUUUGUGAACUAAAUUGCGAUUUUCAAAGAAACAGAAGUUGUUAUAUACUUCUACCUGAGCUAAGGACGUGGGCUAGUCAGGUAGAAACAUGUGCUGCUAACUUCAUUGGAAACCUGUCAAAUACGGAAACUGAUGCGGAAUUCCAGUUUUUGGCAAGUCGAAUAAAUCUUUCGGAACAGUUCUGGAUCGGCUCCGACCAUUCCAUUGCUGCUAAUGUAUCAUCGUUAAAUUCGUCAAAUUCUACAGAGGACUGCUUUAGUAUCAAUAAUCAACAACCAGAAUCGAUUGCAUGCACAACAUUACUACCAGCUGUUUGCGAAGUAGAUUGUGAAGCUUAUUUCAACAAUAGCUGCUACUUCCCCAACCCCGAAUACAGUUUUUGGUUAACGCAUCAGUCGUGGUGCCAGAACAAAGGAACAAACUUGGUUGCUAUCAACUCCGAAGAGGAGCAGCUUGCUAUCGACGUCAUCAUUCUUUCAUCGAUAGGGUAUAGUGGUGGGGUGUGGAUUGGUUUGACAGACGAGGUCACAGAGGGCAUAUUCCGGUGGGCAGACGGCAGUAUUUACAAGGGCUUCUCUAAUUUUAGGGGCGUUGAGCCUAACAACGGCCACCAAUAUGGGCGAUCGGAGGACUGCGUACUCAUUGACACACUCAACGAAUUCAAAUGGUACGAUAUGCCGUGCGACCAAACUCAUCCGACUAUCUGUGAAAAAGAAGAUAAAUCAUUCCUGGAAAACAAUAACAUACUUGGACCGUGUCAAAGAAAUAAUACCUUGCAAGACAUUGAUUCAUACACUGUUGCAGAAUCGAUGGAGUGUGUGGAAGCGAUAUUGCUCGACUGUGUAUUUAUCGAUUCAGCAACCGACUUGCAAGAAUGCUCCACUGAUGGUGAUUAUUUAAGUGGCCGUGUGGCGGUUUUAUACAAUUUGACAAGCCUGCAGAACUUCUCAGUAUCCGCAUCGGAUAAACCGGUGACACUUUCUUUAAACGUUGUUGAUGAAACCACAGGUCCUAUUAUAAUCACUGUAACUUAUUGGAAUUCUGAUCAGACAGAUAAUGUCUCGAUAGUAGAUAAUACAGAUAUAACAAAUGGAUCCUCAUCACCAGCAGAACUGGGUACGUACAGAAUGGUAACUGACUUCCUCUCCAUAAGUGUCUUUUCAAUAAACAGAACAAGACUGCAAGCUGACGUCCAAUUCACUAUGCCGAUUGUUGAGGAGGUAAAUAUCUCGGAAUCGCAACAAACAUUGCAUUGUGCAUUUCUCGAUCCAAACUACAAUACUAGUUUGUGGUCGUUUGAAGGGUGCGAAACUAAUUGGAAUACUCUUGAUGGCGUUGUACAUUGUACCUGUAACCAUUUAACAAGUUUUGGAGCACUGAUGCAUAAGCCUACUUUCGAUAAAGUGCCUAACGAGGAGCAUGGAUCUAAAAAAUCUUCGGAGUCUAUUUCAGACCAUGAGAACCAUUCGAGCUUUCAUGAGAAGCUGUUAUCGAAGUUAACCCUCAUCGGUUUCGGGCUGUCUACCACCGCUCUUACUCUGACUGCUAUCACAUAUGCAUUUUUCAGAGAGCUCUGGAAGUCUCUUCGAAACGCUAUUCAUAAAAACCUGGUCGGAAAUUUGCUAAUAUUUUAUAUUGUUUUCAUCGGUGGAAUCCAACAUGCAAAAGGAACGGGUGCCUGUAAGUUCGUCGCCGUUUCCCUACAUUUAUUCCUCUUAAACUCUUUGAUGUGGAUGUUGGGAGAAGCCGUGUUUUUGAUAUUUAAAGUAGUGAAGAAGACGCCUAGCAAAUUUAACAAAUUACGCAACUAUCUAAUCGUCUGCUAUGGAACGCCAGUCGCCAUGGUUGCAGUGUUAUUUUCGUUUGGCAACGAAACCUACGCUCCAAAAUCAUCGAAAAUCUGUUGGCUGAGUGAUUUAGGGUGCUGGGCAGUAGUCGUACCUGUAAUUAUAAUUGAAAUUUUCAACGUGGUCUCAUUGGGUUUCUUGAUCCGCAUAAUCUAUCAGCGAUCAAGAAAGAUACAUACAAGAUCGGAUAACAUCCAGAGGCAGCACAAUAAAACAAAGUCAGCCGUUAAGGGGACACUCAUGUUGUUACCAUUGCUCGGUAUAGCAUGGGUGACCGGCCCACUACUUACCGCUACUGAUUCUAUCGUCAUAGAAUAUAUAUUUGUCAUCACAAACUCGCUACAAGGAGUGUUCAUCUUCAUCGUAUAUUGUGUAAUGGAUAACGAGGUUCGCGCAGCAAGUAAACGAUGGAUAGCGAAGAAACGAAGCGUAGCUUUGCAUACGAACCGCUCAUCCAAUACUCAGCCAAAGGUAGCAACUAUCGAGACAACUGGGGGAGUGUCGAACAAUGUUGUCAGGAGACCACCUAUAAAAGCUUGGGCUGAGCGGCGCAACAAGUCGUCUGAUUUGUUUGAGGAAGAGAGGGAGACUGCAGCACAAAAUUCUCACUCAAAUUCUGGACAAUGACAAGUGGAAUACUCUCAACACAGCACGUCGUAUUUGAUUGGUCGCACGAGCAGCACAACUCCUCACAAGAGCGGCUCGAACUCCUUGCUGUUUUUUAACGAGCACACCCCGAGAUCCGCGGAAAAGGACCAGUCGAAUACGCCUACUGUUUGAUAAAAGAUAUACAUUUAGCAACCUAUCACAACUACGAAGCGGAUUUAUUCAGAAAACCUGAUCACACGAAAUCACAUUAAGUGUUGACUCAGAAAAACCAGGCAAAACAUAAUCAGCUGGGGCUUGGAUGAAACCCACUACAAGACAGAUACAGUAUGCAUUUACAUCACAAAUGUUUAGCAAGAUGAUGCACCUAACAAGAAUUUGCAACCACAAACAUUUACUUAUAUUUUGUCAUGCCACAUUUAUUGUAGAUCAUCUUCCUUCAUGUUAAUAAUAUAACAGUGUAGUUUUAUAUAGAGCCGUAUCCAUCUAAUAUAAGAUGCUCAGGGCGCUUGAUAUGUAAACUAGGAACUCUAUCAAUGACUUUCUCUGCCCCUAAGGGAGGGUCCCUUUGUGUCUGUGCUACCUGGUAAUGCGGUACCAGCAACUCUUGUCGUCCACCACAGGGGCUGUCUGUUUCAGUAGACCGGGGUAUCCCCCUACUUGUCUUGAAUAAUGAACUGGGUUCUUUCUAGUGCACACAAGCCAUUGUGUACACUGGGCCUACGGUUUACAGUCCUUAUCUGUGAAGACUUGUUCUACCCCAGGAACCAUAGGCGAGCGUGCCAUUCGAAUUAGCACUGAUAUUAUGGCUGUAGGUUGCGUUGACCCUGCUAAUCGCUCAGCCAGUCGACUCGCUGAAUGUUACAAAUUUCUAUCUUCAAUUUUCUCAAAUUCAUGGCAUAGGCCUACAAUGCUUGUACGAUGGUUGACACAAUGCUGUCUGUUGAUUGUCGGUCAUCAUAGAAAACAUUGCGUUCUCUAUGAAACACCACAUUGACCGACAACCACAAUAUCUGCCUGCCUUAACUACAGUAGUGCAAGUACAAUACCUAACACUACACUACAGUACACAAUAUUCAAUAAACAGACAGUUGUAAACAGUAUACCAAAUUUUACCCAUUAAAAAUAUUUUGUAAUAUAUUUAAAACUGUAUAUAAAUUCUGAGAUUGUUUAUAAAAAAUCUUAUAUUUACAAAAUCAUACACAAACUAUGUAAAACCAAUUAUGCAUUAAAUAUAAAUAUAAAACAUAUAACUUCAAACGAAAAAUGGAUAAUUUUGUCACAAAUGUACUUUGGUAUAUUAGACUUACAUAGCCAUAGGUAGGGCGUGUUUAUCAUCUGCAUUAGAAGUAUUUUCUCAGACUAAUUUGAAUAUUCUUAUUAACUUUUCUCAAGUUAAAAAAUAAUAUUUAUAUUAGAAAGUAUAAUACAUACUCCAAGUAUUACUUGGAGUAUGUAUUAUACUUUCUUAUCUGAGAUUAAUCAGUGGACCUUUCGGUUAAUAUUUAUAUUUCUCUUUAAAUUAAUCCUGAUUGAGGUUAAGAUUAUAGGUAAUUGUAAUUCUUCAAAAGAAAGAUCUGUCACAUUGUAGCCUGGUUCUCAGGAGAGCCCUAGUAUCCGGAUCGGGAGCUAACCGUUAGCGCUAACCGUUAGCACCUGCGUGGAUCGGAUUUGCAGGAUCGCAUCGGAUCAUGCAGGAUUGGAUCCGGAUCCUGCUAAUUCAACCCACAAAGCUGGGCACUCACUGCAUCGAAUGACGGUUCUACAAAUCAAACUCCAUUCCCAGUGAACGCUAGAUGACGCGAAGCUGCAUGCUGAUUGUCGGUGGCAUGUCUGUUUAGAUGGUCUUUGAAAUGACCCGUUGCGCACAUGUCAUGCCAUUGCGUUCUUCAUAGGAUCACGUUGGCCGAACAACCAUUGGGGUGCAGUGGGUGCCUGCAUUUCCUGUUUUGUUAUUCUACCAACUGGGCAUGACGCCAAGGUAGAAUAAACUCUUAUAUUUUCGUCUAUCAGAGAUGUUUUGUCAAAUUGAAUUUUGUGAACAAUACUUAAUUUACCUUUUUAUCAAAUUUGAAUAAAUAUACUCAUAGAAUUAAGUGCAA